GGAGAGACGAGAGGUGCAUCAGUUUUUAGGGAAACAGUGAGGGUUUUUAUUUAUUUUAAAAAAAACCCAUCAGAGUCACAACAGGCCAGCUCUGUGCAAAACUCUGAUAGCAACCUUCUGGCAUAUGAAUGAAGUAGAUAAGGAGGUCCACCUUAUUCUCAAGAAAAUUGGGUGGCAAGGGAAGGGGGAACCGUGCAGCCUCAUAGUUGGUGGAGUUGGGGAAGGAAGGAGGAGUGAUGUUCUGCGGGAGAGAAAUGCUGAAGUCACUUUGAGUUUAUGCAUAAAGAGGCUUUCGGGGCCACUUGAGAGGGAGGAGCCGGAGCCCUUAGAAAUAAACAAGCCUUUUUAACUUGCAUUAACCCAGAAUUUCUCCGCCUGCAACGCGCCUGGCAUAAGAGCUGUCUUGACUGCGAUGGUUCUGCAGAAGGAAGUCCCCAAAGUCCACAUUUUUAGCACCAGGGCUGGAGAUGUGAUUCUUCGCCCUGAUAUGAACUGCUACCUGCUCCUCUCCGGUUUGCCGACCUCGCCCUGCGCUGAGCUUUGGCCCUUGCACCCUUCCCUGCAUGGCGGCGAACACUAUUUCGGCUCCCGUUGGCACAAUACCGUCUACGUCAUCCGGGACAACAAACUCCUGGAAACCCAAGACCUUCACACCGAGCCCAGCGGAGAAUCCCGUCGCCUGCACCCCAGCUGCUGCGCUGGGCAACAUUAUUUCGUUGUUUCCGGUGGCUCCUUUGGCAUAAUCUUGAGCCCGGGCACCGUGACGGCGGUCAAGGACUUGACCACAGGGGAACCAGAUCCAGACACACAGCCAGGACACCAUCAGUGGUCCAACGAGAAGAUGGGAAGCCAUCGCAGUUACCUCUACUGGCAGCUGUGGGAUAACUUCAGCGGAGAAGUCUUUUCUUUCCACCCCAGCGUCCUCAACUUCUUGCCGGGAGGUCUCGGCCUCGGCAAAGGGGACGCAUUCAAGGCCUGGGAGCUGCUGAACAUUUUCCACAACUACUCCGACACCCCUGUCUCCAGGUUACAGGAAGUGUCCCGGAAAGUGGGCUGCGCCACAGAAAAGCUGGCUGACGUCGGGCGCGGCUGGGUGGCAGCGGCUCUGCCAGAUUCUCCUGAGCCAGGCUCUGUCGCCGUGGCGCUGGCCAAGGCCCAGUUUGGGUUACCGACCGAAUAUGGCGGAGUGGGCCUGAACACAGAGCAUGAGGAAUGGGGGGAAGCCCGUGAGGUGGAGACGACCCUGCAGUUCACGCUGCAACCUGAAGAUGUUGCCUAUGUGUGGCAGUAUCAGCUGGGGCUAGGGAAGGAGGCCAUCUUGUUUUGCAAGGAAAUUGAGGUCACUCUUGGUUGCGACCCGCCCACUAAGGUCCCCCUGCCUUCUUCAUCCUAAACGCCAGCUGGCUCCAACUCCCCUUUGCUUUCCACCUUUUCCUCUUAGAUGUAUUUCUGUACGCUACCGAUUGAUAAAUGCUGAAAUAAAUAAACAAACCAGGGAUGGGGGAACCUGUGGCCUUCUCAAUGUUAGCAGAUACCAAAUCCCAUCAACCCCAGCCAGUGGUCAAGAUUGAUGGGUGUUGCAGUCCAGCAACAUCUAGAAGGCUAAAUUGGAAAGAAUUCCUGGGGAUGCUGUGUGUGUGUGUGUGUGUGUGUGUCCACAAAAGCUUGUGUGUGUGUGUGUCCACAAAAGCUUAAUAAAAUGCUUUAAAAUGCUUUUAAUGCUUGAAUAGAGGGCCCAUCAAAUCUCACUACAGAUUGAGAAUUCCUUCUCAUGUUUCUGUGGUUGUUUUAAUUAAUAGAUCCCCCACUCCUGCAGCCUUGAUACAGAAAAUUAGAGCAGAGUUGUCCAGAGUGGUCAGCCCUGACUCUAGGGUUGGUGAGUUUAUGCAGAGGGUGAAUAAACACCUAUAGGUUGAAAUGGGGUUGGAAAAGACGUAGAAAAGAUUAGCGGAAUAGCACAAAAAAAAUAAUUAGGAGCUCAGAGCCCCAGAAACACAUGGCAUGGGCAUGUGCAGAGUGCACCUCCCUUGCCAGUGAGGAACAUCUGCAUUUGAUGAUUCCACAAUACAGCCGUAUUCCUUUUUUGUGUGUUUUAUGAUUCCUAGUGAUGAUGAUUAAUAA